AUGACCACAGCUACAAUUCCGGCUCCGACUACACGCCUGACAGUCUCCACAAACACCGCCCCAUGGCAAUACUUCCACCUCCGCCUUCACCACGCCCAUGACACCCCACCAACCCUCGACCUCCUCACCUGGCGCACCCUCAUUACCGCCGCCUUAACACAAUACCUCGGUCUCAUCGGUUCAGCUACGCACAUCGAUAUCCUUCACACGGUGGAGUAUGACGCAUGGAUCAGGUGUCCUCAGAAAGAUGCAGCAGGGUUGUGGGCUUCCUUGGGUGGAUAUAUCGGGAAUGUCGAGGGCGGAGGUGUGAGUUUUCAGAUUGUGAAGUCUUCGCCGUUUUUGAUGGGAAUUACGAAAUGA